UCACUUUCCGCGGAGGGGAGUUGCUGUAAUUGUGUUGCGUCUAACAAUCGCAUUCCCGGCCCGUGUGCAUUCGAGUUCUUUAAUCAGCAACGGACUGCCAGACCUCCCCUAGCCCCUCCGCGGCCCACUGAGGCUGUGUUCUCAAGCAACCGGAUUAUCUGGAUUGUCAGUAAACGAACGUUGUCCCGUGGGGUCAUGACAGCAAAUCUGGUGAGGUAAUGGCGCUCGUUUCACGUCUCCAAAUGCAAGCCGGGUAUCACACCCUGAUGGCGCACCCGGAUUUCGAUCUUCCAUGGUGUAAGAGGGUCCUCGCACAUCCUGGCAUCCUCUGGUCCAGGAAAUCCCACGAGGGCGCCUCUCCGGAGCGGGUAUCCAACAGCUUAUUCGAGUGGACGCUUUACGGCGAAAAGGGCAUUCGCGCUCAUCUUGCGUUCCGGAGGCCCUGCAAGGAACCGGAUUCCAUCAACGCCCUGGAGGAAUGCUUCUUGGUAUCGAUUGGCGACGGUCUGGACGGGAUGACGGGACGAGCUCACGGAGGUCUCAGCUCUGUACUUUUAGAUCACAUUUCUGGACACUCUGCACAUUAUGCGGAUCCUCGGCCAGUCUCUCCCGCAACGGCAACAAUGACGGUGGACUACAAGCGGCCAGUCAAUACCCCAUGUGUAAUACUUGUGAGAGCCUGGCAGGUCAGCUACAGCGGAAGGAAGGUCUGGGUGAAAGCAUGCAUCGAAAACGGCGACGGUCUAGUAUAUGCUACAGCCAAGUCUCUAUUUAUUCUCGCAAGAUCGGAGAGAUUAUGAAGGUGCAGGAGCACUACUUCAACGCAUGAACCGCCAUUUAAGAUCCUCAUCUCCCUUCAAUCCACCCGCACCCCCUUCAACUCCUGCACCUGGCAAAGCUGCCUCCUUGCGCUUGUUUUCUCUCGAGAGGUACCACCACGUCAAGCCCGCUACACAUGCGGCUGUGA